AUGGCCAACCUCAAGGUACGCCCCUGGUUGGAAGAGCGAGUGAGCAGAAAAUUGCCUUGAUACCGAAGCCGUAAUGUCUGCAUUGGUCAAAAAAUUCAUAUUUAAUUUUUGUUUUGUAUAAGCUCACAAGCCAAGGUGCAACGCUAUCUUUGAAGCGUGCCUGCACUUCAGAGUUGACCACUACACCAGUGGCUGUGGUUGGGAUCAGAAAGAACUUGCUGUGUACAGUGGUACCUCGGGUUACAGACGCUUCAGGUUACAGACUCUGCUAACCCAGAAAUAGUACCUCGGGUUAAGAAUUUAGCUUCAGGAUGAGAACAGAAAUCGUGCUCCUGCGGCACGGCGGCAGCAGGAGGCCCCAUUAGCUAAAGUGGUGCUUCAGGUUAAGAACAGUGUCAGGUUAAGAACGGACCUCCGGAACGAAUUAAGUACUUAACCCGAGGUAUCACUGUAUACGAAGCACGUACUCCAGUCACUGAACUCUGCUCUGUUCCCCGCGUGAAAGGUUUGGUAUGUCUUAAACGUGGCCUUAAAAGCGGUCCCUAAUUUGCGGCUGAUGGCCCCUCUCUCCAAGGAUUUAAUACACCUGAGCCCAGCAGCAGCACGUAUUUAAUAAAAGCACGCGCUCGUUGCCCGUGUCGUGAGUUCCUCCCACUGGCGAACUCACACUGGACAACGGGAAAGCAGCAACGCCUUCCGGGUCCCGAGAGAUGGAUGCGCGCGUGACGGGCCGCCGCCGCCGCCGCCGCCUGGAUUUUGCGCGAGGGCCCCCGAGCCCUCUCCGCCGGAGCCACGCCCCCUGGCCCUUUCGCCCCUCCCACAGGAGGACCCUCCCCUCCCCUCGCGGCAGGCGGGCGGGCGAGCUAGCGGCGCCGCAGUCGCGUCGGCCAUUUUGUGGCGCUGCUCAGUCGGCGGCGCUGGGCUGGACUCGGCGAGCGGAUCACUGGCGGCCCCUGCCCCCGCGGCUCGAGCCCCUGGCACGUACGAGAAGCAACCCCCCCUCCCCGGUAAGGACAUGGCGCUCCCUAGGCGGCCCCGCGGAGAGAGGGAGGCGGGGGGGGAGCCCGGCAGCGAGCGCAGAAGAGUUCCCGCCGCGGCCUCACAAAGGCGGAGAGGGGCGGGGACCAGCCGCGGCUGUGGCGGAGAGGAGGGAGUCCCGGGGCCCGGGCGGCGCCUCUUCCCUCCGGGCUCCGGGUCCCCGGAGGCUCCUUCAGCGGGAGCCGGGAAGGUGCUUGGCUGGCCUGCCGGUCCCUCCGGCGGCGUCCGAGCGGCUUUCGGCGCCCGCGUGGGACCGGCGCGAGGCUUCCCGGAGGGGCCCGUCACGUCUCCCGCGCCGCCUCUUGCCCUGCGAAGGGGCGGGCGGGUGUCGGCGGCGUGUCUGUUCGCAGCGCUCGGCUUCCUCCCGGCACCAUGCUUCUUGUUCGUCGGAAGCUGCUGACGCCGCUCGGCCCCCGUCAGCGGAGGAAAGCCAAAAGGGCAGGCGAGCUUCUCCUCCUCCUCUUGGGCAAGAAGGGAUGCUGUGUUUCUAGGAUGUCAGUAACGUGACCUUGGUCGUGGCAGGUUCUGCAUCAGCCAAGACUCCGCUCAUCCCUUUCAAGGCGCAGCGUCCGGUUUGGAUCGAGACGCAGUUGCGCUUUCAUUCCCCUCCCCCUUUAAUAACACGCCAGCUCACGCAUCUUUUUGUACCACAGGACUGGCGCGCGUGGUUUGUUUCAUUGGCUACUUUGGCUUCAUUGAGAGCCCCACGAUUAGUGGUUUGUUUUUUUAAGGAAAGUGUUCUAGUAGUGGCCGCAAUAAUUGCCACUUAGGGCGUAGUGACACCCGUGAUAAUUGUUCCCUCUUCUCCUUGGGCAGAGAUUAUCUCUUGUAAUAAUUAAAGGUGGUGAUGAAUUGCUGGGACCUGGAGUCCGUAUUAUUUUCUUGACAGUCAUAAUGGGCGUUGCAGUUACAUAACAUAUGUUUUCCUAAUUGCUUGCCCUUAGGGCUUAUAUUGUUAGAAUAGGUCAGUGCCCUUCAUGUUGGCUGUGGGUAUUCGUUUGUAAGGCCUUUUGAGAAAUGUGGUUUCACUUUGCGUGUUUCAAAUUCACUUUGCUUACCUUUUCUGUGCCUAUGGGAAAAUAGGCUGGAGUGGCAAGUAUUCUUGGGUAUUUUACCUAGAAACCUAGAUAUAUUUUGUUCCCAAAGAAUUGGGCAUAUUCAAUCUGCCGCAGAAAACCACAUGGGAGGAUGUAUUUCAACUUAUUGUACAAUAAACAUUGCCUGUGGGAUCAAAGUAAAUUCAGGACCAAGAUACUCAGAACAGCUUUUAUCCAGAGUUGCUAAAACUUUAGUAUAUCACCUGCUUGUAAACUAUAUUUACUUUUCCAUUCUUGUUAAUGCUACUGCAUUAUAAUUAGAUCCUCUUUUACUUGGAAGCUAAGAUAUCAGCACACUGUGUGUUUCAGUGGCAAGAUGACAAAGCUGAUCUGGAGGGCUGUAAAUCAAACAGAAUACUACCAUCAUCCAUGUUAUUAUUUUAAUGAAGGGAAAAUAUAAUGAUAUUUAAAUAAAUAGUAAAUUGAAGACAUAAUUAGCUGGAUAGUUUUACUGACCCUCCUCAUUUUUCUAAAUGCAACAAUAGAUGACUUUUUAAGCAAAUGUGCCACAGUAUUUCAAGCCCAAAGAAUGAAAAGGUGUAUGGUAGAUCUGUGUAUGCUAGAUUUAUUAUACAGUACAGGCAACCUCUCUACAAUGGUUUGGUUUUGCCUCAGACCCUACUAACCUUAGGAGUAUGCAGAACAGGAGAGGCCAGCAGAGCAUGGGGGUGAUGACACUUUGCUGUAGCCAGGCUCCCAGUACUUCUUGCUCCUGCUCAGAUGUGCCACAAACUCCUGCUGUUUAUGCAACUUGUGGUGUGUAUGCUGCAGACCGACCACACAGCCUGAUAAAUACCUUCAAGGAAAUUGCACAAAUAUAAUCCUGUUGCUUUGUGUGAUUAUCGGAAAAAUCAAAGUAGCUGUAUUUGCAGUACCUUCAUUUACCCACUCAGUCCUUUAAACUGCUAUGUAUGUAGACUUAGGGAAUUAAAGUAAGAGUCCUGGCUCAGUGGUACAGCACUUGGUUUGUAUGCAAAAUAUCCCAGGUUCAAUUAAUGGCAACUCCUGAAACCCUGGAGCAUCAUUGCCAGUCAGUGUAGGCAGUACUGAACUAGAUCCAGCAAUGGUCUGACUCGUAAGGCAGCUUCAUAUGUUGGUAUGGUAUGCAAACUGAGCAAGGGCAGAGGAGGAAGAAUUAGUAGCUGGUAGUUCUAGUAAGCUGGAAGUUUCAGUUUUUCAAGUGUAGCGGUAGCAGAAAUCAGUGGUUGAAUACAGUUGUAAUUUGCUCUAUAACAGCAGCAAAUUUAUUCCUCUAGUGUGGAUACUGUUUUGAAUACGCUGUCUAGGCUGAACCUUAGCACCGCAUUGUAGUUACCGUAUUUUUCGCCCUAUAGGACGCACCGGCCCAUAGGACGCACCUAGAUUGGGGGGGGGGAAUAAAGGGAAAAAAAUUUAUUUCCCCCCCCCAGGCGCGGGGCUGGGGCGGGGGAAGCCCGAGCUUCCCCCGACCCUAGAACGGGACCCAGAGCCAUGCCGAAGCUGCGCGCAGCUUUGGCAUCGCUCUGGGAGCUUGCGGGGCUGGGGGAGGGGGAAGCCCUCUGCCAGCCUCCAAACCAGGUCGGGAGACCGCGGGAUGGCGCGCUCGCCUCCCCGCUGUCCCCCGAGUUUGCGGGGCUGGCGACGGGAGGAGCAGGCUUCUCCCCGCCAGCCUUCUAGCCAGAGUCGGGGGACAGCGGGAUGGCGGCGUUCCGCCUCCCCGCUGUCCCCCGAGCUUGUGGGGCUGGCAGUGGGGCUCUCCUGAAGCCUGGAGAGCGAGAGGGGUAGGUGCGCACCGACCCCUCUCGCUCUCCAGGCUUCAGCGAAAGCCUGCAUUCGCCCCAUAGGACGCACACACAUUUCCCCUUCAUUUUUGGAGGGGAAAAAGUGUGUCCUAUAGGGCGAAAAAUGCAGUACUCUCUUUUAAAGGAUUGUAUCAGUGGGCAUUACAGAGCAUAACUGAUCCUCUCUGGUUAACAUGAAUUUAAAUUAAUUUAAAUCACUACAAAUACUUGAUAGACUCAAUCAUAGAGUGCAGAACUAAUGCACUUUAGGAACAGGAAAAUACAAUUGGUGGCAAUGUAUAAAUUCAUCACACACUAUAUACAGUAUGUUACAAUAUGAUAUGAAUAUAUUUUGUACUUGGGUAUUGGUACCCAAAUAGGGAAGAGGUCUUUUAGAUGCAGAAAUGGUAAAUAAAAUUUACGAUAGAUUUAUGAGGAACAGCUUUUGCAAAUGCAGCAGAAAGGAUAGAGGAAAAACAGAAAUAUUGAUGAUUUCUGCUAAACAUUUUUUUCUUUAAAUAUUCUUUUUCCAACAAUCCUUAUUAUCACAAUAUAUUCCGUUUGACUCCGCCAAACAGUUACUAUUACUAGAAUCAGCCUUGGGGAAUUAAAACUUUCCCAGUAGUUUUGUGUUUAUCUGUUGUAUAAUAUUCAGGUUGUAUCUUUUCUUCAAACAGCAAGCAAUUCUCAAAAAACAAUGUACACAGACAUGCCAGUCUUGAGCAUUAAGCUACAUGCACUCACAUAUCUGUCAAUUUUAUUUCUUAAGCAUUGACAGAGCAAUUUAAAAUUAUAUAUAACAAUAUCUUACUGAUAAUCACAUGGGGGAAAUGCUGAUUUUAUGCAGUGGUAAAAAUGCCAGGGCAGUUCUUUCCAAAGUGCUGUCAUAUACUAUUGGUAUUGGUAUAGCUCCACUCAGCAACAUAACAGCAGCAAUCUGCACAAGCUGCAGUUUCCAGACCAACCUUAAGCGCGUCCCCACAAAGAGUGUAUUACAGAAAUCCUGCCUUGACGUUACCAAUGUAUGAAUCUCUGUGUCUAGGUUGUCCAGGAACUGUCACAGCUGGUGCAGCAGCCAAAGUUGGUAAAAGGCACCCCUGGCUACCAUGGACACCUGGGCCUCCAGCAACAAUAGUGGGUGAAGGUGUACCCUCAGACUUUGCACCUGUUCUUCAGAGAGAACAGGCAAUGUGUCCACUCCCCAGACCUGGGAACCUCCUACUGACAAGGCCUUUGUUUUAUCAAGAUUCAUCUUAACUGACGCUCAUCAAUCCCUUUGUCCAGGGAGACUUGCAUAUCUAUUCCUAACUCUGAUGUAACAGAGAAGUAGAGCUGGGUGUCAUUUGCAUACUGAUGACAUAACACCCCAAAUUUCCUAAUGACUAUCUUGAACAGCUUCAUGUUCAACAGCAAUAGAGACAAGAAGUUACCUGCUUCACCCCCCACAAGGCCAAGAUGCAGGCACCCAAUGCCAUGCUGUAGAACAGGCCUUGUAGGUAUGCAUGGAACCACUAUAAUACAGUGGCUUACUGAAGACUUUGCCACUAUUUUGGAUAAGCUAUAUGAUCAGCCUACCUGUUCCAUGUACCACGGGACAAAGCAUUCCCCUCCUCAAGAUUAAAAAACUUGCCGGCUUAGUUCCUGCAAGUCUGGAAAACUGCCUGUGAAACAGCAGAAUAUUUACCACUUCUUCCACUUCUUGUUGUCAAGCAAUUUAGCUUCAUCAAUACAAUUUGCAUGUUUACAAUUAAAAGAGGGAGGGGGAUCCUGCUGAACUGGUCCAGUAAGGUACUACAGUUGAAAGCCAUGAAACAAUUGAAUAGAAGCAACAAGGUUGCACUUCACCUCUGUCUCUCUCUGUGAUAGAUAGAUAGAUAGAUAGAUAGAUAGAUAGAUAGAAUGUCCAGUAGCACCUUAGAGAGCAACUAAGUUUGUUCUUGGCACAGUGAUACCUCAGGAUACGAACGGGAUCGGUUCCGGAGCCCCAUUCACAUCCUGAAUGGAACGUAAGACACAACGGCGUGGGUCACAUUUUGCUGCUUCCGCGCAUGUGCAUGACGUCAUUUUGAUGGUCUGCGCUAGUGGUGAAACCCGGAAGUAACACACUCCAUUACUUCCGGGUUGCCACGGAGCGCAACCCGAAAGCGCUCAACCUGAAGCACAUUCGACCCGAGGUAUGACUGUAUAAGCUUUCGUGUGCAUGCACACUUCUUCAGAUACUAGUGUAUUGUGUGCAUGCACACAAAAGCUUAUACCAAAAACAAAAUUAGUUGGUCUCUAAGGUGCUACUGGACAUUUAUAUAUAGAGAGAGAGGGAGAGAGACUGCAUCAGACCAACACUGCACCUCUCUGUGAAAGUAAAUGAUUAGGCAACCAAGGCCAAAUCAGUUCUGAACCCAGACUGGAAUGAGUCUAGAUAAUCAGUUUCCUCUAGGACAGGAUGAUCCAACACACGGCCCAAGGCCUGGGGCUUUUUUGGGCAGCCAUCAGCAACAUUUGACCCCUCCCAGCCCUCACACUGCCUUCUCAGAGCUGGGUAAGUGAGGCACCGGACUUUGGAAAGGAUAUAUGAGGGCUCUGAUAGGGUCCUAGAGUCCUCACACCUCCUUCCCAAAGCCCAGCACCUCACUUACCUGGCUUUUGGAAGGCAGCAUGGGAGGUGGGGGGAGCAGCAGCAAAUUUUGGCCUCCCCAUCCCUGCAUGACAAGACAGUGUGCAGCCCAUGGGUUCCCAAACAAAGUAUUCUUGUGGCCCACUGGGUAUGAAAAUAUUGGCCCACCCUGCUCUUGGAGCACCUGGAACCAAACUGCUGCUGCCACCACCCUUCUUAAGCAUCUUCCCCAAAAAGUAGUUAUCAUAAGCCUCUGUGACCAGGUGGUUGUUUUUCUUCUUCUUCAAGAGUGGCUGCACUCCUGCUUCUUUAAGGAUGGCAGGCGCUGCUUCUGCACACAAAUAUGCACUUACCAUGCCUUGGACUUACACAGUAAAACACAACACCCAUCACAAGCUUGUUCAGAUCAGCCACAAUGAGAAAAGUUGCCAGGUCAGUCAAACAGCUACAAGCACCUUGUUCCACAUCCCCAGACCUCAAAAGCUAAAACUGCUUUCACAAAACCAGACUACACUUUAUCUAGACUUUUUACAGCCGUGUUGUCCAAAUCAUCAUGGAUUCAGUAAAUUUCAUCAUUGAAGUGUCUUGCAAACUUACCACAGCAGGCUUCCUACACUCCUGUUUAUUGGGAUGGAUGUUAACCUCUGUUCCAUGGCUACUUAAGGAUGAGAUGGAGGUGAUAGAGUAUACUUUCUUCGCCACCCGUUAUCACCUCACAGUAGGCACAGUCAUGCCCUUUAGCAUGUGCUCAAUUGCAUUUGUGGCAAGUCUUGCACCAUAUGUGCUCUAGCUGUCAUCUGACCUGCUUCAUUCUUGAAAUCUCUGGAGGCAGACAUUCUUAAUGGGUUACUUACCUCUGCAGGGGUGAACUGCCAGCUGCUGCUGUAAGACCAAAUCUCACGAAAUGGUUGGACCAUAACAAUUAGUUAUUUCAAGUCUCUCUCUCUCUCUCUCUCUCUCUCCCCCCCCCCCGCCGCCGCCCUUCCCGAUUAUACUUCCCAUACUUGGAGGCAGUAACUAAAUUGAGGGUCUGCCCUGCACAGUUAAAAGUGUGCAUGGAAUCCUCAGUAAGAAAUCAGUCCUGGAUAAACAGAUCUAGAUAAUAAAAAGAAAUGUGGAAGCAGAAUCCUGGGGGAAGAGAUAGGGAAACUGGACAGGAACAAAGAGUAGCCAGCCAUAGUGGGAAUAGGAUCACCACCUGUUAAUUUGUUGCCCAUAGGUGCAGUGUCACCUGCAGAACCUCCAUCUGUCUCCAUGUCUGCUAGUGCCAGUUAUCUAAUGGGGAUGAGGUAAUCGUCUCAUCUGCCACUGCCUCAGCUCUCUUCAUACAAGUAGUUAACAGUUUCUUAAAUGUAAUCAAUACAAAUCUACAUUUUUAGAGCUUUGAAUUUCAAGAAAAUAAUUAAAGUAUUUUGGGUUAUAUACCAGGCAACAACUUUUUUAAAAAAUACAUUAAUGUGUCAGUAAAGACUUAAAGGAUCAUAUGUGCUUAAAUUACAUGCUAAAUGGAGAAAUAAACAUUUGAAUGUAGCCCAUUAGUUUUUGAUGUUUUGUGUAGUUAAGAAUACUUUUCUCAUCCCUAAUCCUUUUAUAGGUUUACAUUACAUUACACAGCAUUAUUUAAAGAUAAGGAAAUUCAAUUCAAGGGGAAUCCUUUUAUUUACCUUCAAAAUUCCAUUUUGGGGUCGAGAUCAGUGUGUGUACCUAGAAUCGUUAAUACAUUUCUGUAUUUGGGACAGGGUGUGGGUCAAGGAAGAUAUUUUAUAGAUCUUUGCUCCAGGAAUGCUGCCUAUUUUUAUAGGAAUGUUAAAACCAUAGUAGUGCUGGUCUUAGCCUUAUGUAGCAAUUGCCUUUUCUUACCUGCAGGUGUGUUUUUCAGCGCAGCCUGGCUGUGGCCAUCCACUUGCAAGGGAUCGUAAUUGUGUCAGGCAUCAUGGACAUUCACCACUCCUACUUUGGACUGACCAAUUCUGAUGAGGGCAUGCAAAUUGCGGGGGGUGAACUGGGUGAGAUUUUAUUUGUUCUUGCCAUUACUUAUGGUAUGAUGCACAACACAUGUCGCCACUGAGUAUUUAUGAUUAUAUUAUUUAUCUCAGUGUAUCUCAAACUUCUUUAUUUUAUUGUGCCAUGUAGCUCUGUAAACCAACGCCAGUAAUGUGUGCUACAAGUGAUUGUGUGGAGAAUCUCGUACACAGUUGUGUUCAUUCUGCUGCUUCAUUAGUAUAUGUUUGCAACCAAUCAAAUAUUGCUAUUAGAGAAGAAUAUGCUUUCUAAAGUUACACAUAAGGCACCCUGUCUAUCGUAGCAACCUUCUUCUCUGAUGAGAGUGGUAUGAUGAGACAGUGGGGAUGCAGUCACUCUUGCAAACUCAGUGUGCAUCAGUGAGUGAUGUCUGCCAGAAGGCAUUCAGCCCACAAACCUUGGCUAGUGAAAGGAGAAAGAUUCCUUCUCUUCAAUGAUACUAUCUUGCCUUUGAAUGUUUUACCCCAUUCAGGUGUUCUGUCUCUUCCAGCCUCCAAUUUGAGAGCCACUGAUAUACUAAUAAAACAGAAAUCAUAAUCAUCAUGAAAUAAGUAUUAUCAUUGAUUUAUUAAUUGGUUAACCACCGUCUCCAGGCAAUUUGCACAUAAGGUGUAUGACUGAUAUAAAUAUAAAUUGGAGCAAUAUAUCACUAGGCACAUUCAUCAGAAAAAAAGUAUAGUAUACAAUGGUACCACCAGUUACAAACUUAAUUCUUUUCAGAGGUCCGUUCUUAACAUGAAACCAUUCUUAUCCUGAGCUGCGCUUUUGCUAAUGGGGCCUCCCACUGCACGCAUGCCACUGGGAUGUGCUCACAUCCCAGGGCAAAGUUCACUACCAGGAGCAACUACUUCCUGGUUAGCAGAGCUCGUUACCUGACACGUUCGCAAGGAGGACGGUACGUAACACGAGGUUCCACUGCAGUAUAGUAAAAGCACAUUAUGUAAUUACUUCAGUGACAAAAUGGUGGAGUGAGUGGGAAUGAAGGCAUGCAGAAACAUUGUAGGACAUUGAUAUGCUCCAAUUCAUAAACCACCAUGAAAUUUUACAGCCAAACUUGAAAAUACCCAGUUUCAUACAAUGGUACUAAGCACAGUUAAUGCUAAUCAUAUAAAAAGGUCCCUUCAUAAUUGCACUUAAGACUGUAUUUCUAAACCCUGGUCAGCAUUAAUCAUGCCAAAUAUCAGUACAGAUGCAAUGAUAACCUACAGUUAAGUGAACAAGAGAAAAAAUAGGAAAACCUGUGCCAAAAAGUGGAGGAGAAAGAGGGCAGUUUGUAUAUUCCCAAGCAUGGGUCACUUCCACCUGCAGUUUAAGGAGCUAGCAUUAUGUCUGUACUGGGCCCCAUAAUGUCUACCACACAUUAACAUGAGUAAACUAGCAGGAGCAGUUAAUAUGAAAAAUAGUGUGAUCAUCUGUGGUUUCUUUAAAUCUGUAAAUCAUUACUGCAGUAUAAAACCAUUCUUUUUUAACCUGGCACUUGGAGUCCAUGGCUGCUUGUCAAGAACAGAGCUUGAUGUGCAGGUACUAUCCCUCUCUCUUGGAUUGGUCUUCAGACAGAGACAUAGUAUUACAGACAUUCUGUGCAUUGUGGAAAUGAAACGUAAAGGUUAUGAGUGCUGAAUCUUUUCCAGGCUGGAUACAGCAAAGGAAAUAGAAUAUGCAGUUGUAUGGAAGCAUGAUUAUUAUCAUAGAAUCAGUUUAGGGUGUUGAAGAACAGAAUUAGAAUCUAGAGACAGGCCUUUGGUGAGACCAGGAACAAAGUGCAAGGAGAAAUAAAUAAAAUGAAUAAUGCAGGAUGAUAAUAGUCCAAUAAUAAACUGACUUGACCAAAGUCAGUUGGAUCUAGUCAGUUCCAUUGUGGGAGGAAAUAGCCUUUGGACUCCAGUAAUAAAGCAUAGCUGUCCAUAGACAAAUGCUAGCCUUGGUGCAUGUCCUGAACUCACCUGGCUGUGGUAUGUUCAAGCUCAACAUGACAGAAUAAAUAAAAUGCAGUGCUCUUGAAAACUAGGUUACUUUUCAGUGCUAUUAAGACGUUGAUGGUGGAAAGCACUUAUCUGGUGGGAAAGUCACUAAUAUGAGCAGCUCAGCAUUCUGUAAUACAUUUAAUUGCAUCUACAUAUUAAAUGUCUUAAAGCUUUUGGGGGAAAAGUAGUUUCUGUUUGAGGGAGAACCACCUAGGAAGUGGAGACCACACAUUUUAAGCAUAUUAUGCUCUGUGCAUGAGCAUUCAGCACACACUCAAUUCACACAGAUGAUUUAAAAUGUAUUCAGGCUCCUUCAUCCAUUCAGUUGGAAAGCCCGUGAAGGCUUUUGAUUUAUCUCGUAGUUAUAUUCCACUGGCGAGGUGUCAUGGUCCCUUUGGUGACUAUUGGAUUAGCUGCUUUGGGUUGCAGCCUCUGGCUAGGCAUUACAUGCAAAGGGGACUUAGGAGACCUUAAAACUUACUUUUUAAAAAAAUACUUGCUGCUUAUGUACCUGAUAGCCGCUACUGGAGGCCUGCUUGACAGUUUCCGUACAGUAAUUCUUUCUAAUAGUGCUCAGUAGGCUUAGAAAUUUAGGCAGUUAUUUCUUUGGCCUAAAGACAAAAUUUUUAGUAACCCACCCUGAACCAAAAAGAGAACAGGAUAGAUAGAAAUAUCAGUCACCCCCUUUUUCUCUCACAUGAAAUCUGCUCCUUGCCCGGCUCUGUCAAAGCUUUCCUGUCCCUUCAUUCAUUUUUCCCAUAUGCAGAGCUGAGCUAAGUUGCUACAUAUCUCUGUCUAUGCCUUCUGGGCCCAGAAUCCAGUGACACAGAUGGACAAGACUUCCUUUCUUUUGUGUUGUAUAUUGAAUACAUAGUAUUGUAUUAAGGGAGAAACCCUGUCUGCCUGGUUUACAAAGAGGUGUGGGAAAUUAUACCUUGUACAGAUGUCUAAUAGGUUGGUUUUCUGGGUAAGAAACAGUAGGACACUCUGCAGCUGUUGUCUGGAGCUAGUUGCCAGCAUCUUGCUUAAGGUUUGCUAUACAUACUGGCCUUUUAAGUCAGAGAAGGGAGGCACAUGGUUAUAAAUGUCCCAUUCUAGUGUGUUCCACAGUAGCAGGAUUGGCUAUCCACAUAUACAUCUUUGAUAGUUUGCAGCUUGUGUUUUUGUGCGUGUGUGAGGGAGAGAGAGAGUGCGCACUGCAAGACCAAUAAAAUAAGCUGACAUGUAAAAUGAUGGAAUCUUGUUUUGAAUCUUUCAUACCUUUUUGUCUGAUAAAACAUAGUGUUCAUCAAAGUGGUGAUCUGGCAGGCAAAAUACAGUUACCACAAAUAAUUGUGCUAACCAAGACCAGAUUUUCACCAGCAACAAGUUACAGAAGGAGAAACCUUAGCAGUGUGUGUGUGUGUGUGUGUGUGUGUGUGUGUCUGUUAGUGUUCUAUUUCUGCCUAAAUUGGGAACAAAUUACAUUCAAUAAAUGUGUAUUUGGUUGCAUCACUGCACCAUAUAGGCCUUGGGUAGGGGUCCAGUUUCAGAAGCUUAUGGAAGCCUCAAUUCUCUUUUCGGUUGUGCAGCUAUUUCGGAGGAGAGGGUGUCAUUAUUUUUCACAUGCUUAGUAGAGGUCUUCAAGUUAUAUUUUAGCUCAUGGUUCCAUAUGUCUCAGUAAUUUUUUUUUUAGAUGUGCAGAGAAGGCUAAGCAGGAUCAUGUUUGCAUUGCAUUUAAGAUGGGAGAUGUGUUGCCACUCUUCAGUUGUAUUAAGACACUCUCCUCAGUGUGUGUCUCAUCACUCACUGGUAUGCAUGACAAGACAAAGCCCAGCCCUCCUCUCUGCCUUGGACGUGGAUGGUGAGUAGGGAUUGUCCCAGAUGUUGGACUGUACUGGAAGCACAGCCCAACUAUGGGGAAGAUCCCUGUCACACCAGCUCCCAGUUGGAGAAGGCUAGCUUGGUGCUGGGCUGUCCAGAAAAGCAAGCACUGGCUCACCUACCACCUUUAGUUCAGAGCUUGAUGGGUGGUGAUGUUCCCUACACCUGUGCUAGGCUUACUCAUCUCCGUGCCUCUAAAGCCUUUCAGAGGCACUGUAUGAGUAGAAUGACUUCUGUUAGUGCAGUGGGACGUCCCCUAUCUUCUUCCUCAUGCACCCCCAACCUUCUGAAGCAGAUUUGGGCGGUAUGGGGAGCACAGGGGAAAAUCUGUUACAUGAGCAGUCUUUCCACCCACACAGUGACUUCAUUGGAUUCAGCGGGUUUGGCAGGCUACUGGCAACUGCAAAUUUUGGCUUGGCUAUCAAAUGUUGGCUUGUCUCUGUGUGUAUAGGAUUUGUUACUGUAGUCCAAUUGUUAUGUUGUUGACAGAGCCAUGUAAACCAGCAAAACAUAUUUUUAAUAUUUGAAACAUUGUUAAUGCCCACUGCUUCUUGGUAGCUCACAUUUAUAGCACCUCAAAUUUCAGCAAAAAAUUGUAGUUUACUUCACAAUAGCAUUUUAAAAUUACGAUUUUAAGCUGUACAUCAAACUUAGAACUGAAAAUAAAAACAACUCUAGGAGUCAACAAAUGUUCCAGUUACCGGGGGGGGGGGGGAAUGAAAGCUUUUAGAAAAAGGCGUUGCAGUUCUAUUGUAAUGUCUGAAAAAAAAGUCACUAAGAGCCACCAUGUCGAGGCUGUUUCAUUUUGCAAAUGAUUUUCAUGUUCUAGAUCAGUGGUGUGCAUGUUCCAGAUCACUGUUCCAGAACAGUUCUUUUAUAUGCCACUGUUCAUUAGUUUGAGACUUAUGGUGUUAAUGAAGGAGUUGAUAAAUCACAAAACAACAUUAACAAAAUUGCAGCAGUAAAAGCCUGUAGUGCUGUUAGCAUGAACUUGAAGCAAAAAGUGCAAGAACAAAGGCAUUUGCAGGAAAGAUAAUAUAUUUAGCAGUAUAUAUCAGAUAACCCAGAUAAUCCAGUAGCAUCUGUUCAGUUCUCUGUAAGACACUACAUACACUAAAUCUAAGAUUCCUGUACUGUGUAAAAGCUUCAGUGCAUCGUAUCUGUAAACUUGCAGGACUGAAAUUAAGGACCUCUUCAGACAAUGCAUGAGCUUUGUGGUUACUCAAAAUUUGUUCUGCAUGAUACCUGGUCCAUAUGGCAAGGAUUGUUGUUGUUUUUAAAAAAAUACGUACUAUUAGAGAAACAUUUAGAGAUGACAAUCCAGGUGGUAAGCCAACAACAUGUUACGUGGCAACAACACAGUAAACUCUAAAGAUGGUGGCCAUAGCACAUGGAUCAAAGUGUAGACAGGUAGCACUGGAAACAACAAACAGUGAUGUACAAAAUUGUGCUGAAUUAUCAAUAAAAUAUUGACCACAAAGAAUUCAAUUUGAGAAGCAUUACAGAUAUGUUGGUACCUGAACACCGGAGGGAGCCCCUCAACAAUGAUACUGUUUCCACAGUAUACCCAGGUGCUCCACUUUGACAUCCAGAGAUGAGUUUUAGUAAGAUCUGGGGUAUACAAAGCCAGUCUUUGUAAUGAAGAGACUAUAUAUUUAAGGGCACUCUUUUCAACAUACAGUAUAAAGAAUGCAAAGAAAACUUACAUAACUGAAACAUUGGAAUAUGAAUUAUUUUAUCUGAUUAGACAGAUUAGCAAUUGACACAGGUUCUGGUGAUUGAUAUUUAAUUGCAUUUUUCAGGGGAAUAA